CGAAAAAUAGGAUGGUUCAUAGAGCUGGAAAUAACAUCGGCGAUGUAUCGAUACAUCAAUGUUUUCCAAAACUCGGGAAACAUCGAGGUUUUCAAACAUCGAUGUUCCAUCACUGCUUGGCAGAAAUAAAUCUUGAUCUCGACAAAUAUUGGUGUUGUCGGCGCUUCGAUAUGGAGAAGAUCGCCAACACCAGUUGUUUAGUUUUUUACAAACUAAUCAAACUCAAAAAAAUUCAUAGCGAUCGCGUGGAUUCCAUAUUAUCUUUGCAACAAUACUUGAAUGCGAGUAAUUUGAACCCUGCCCAAAACCCUUUGGAUUAUUGGAAGAUAUCAAAUGACGCCGGAUUCAAAACAUGCGUUUUUAAAUACUUCUGCGUACCGGCCACCUCUACUGAAAGUGAGAGGAUGUUCAGUAAAGCUGGACUAGUUGUAAGCGAGAAGAGAACAUGAUUUUAUUCCUAAACAAAAAUGAUUGGAUAAUUUAGUUUUAGUUAUGUUACUUUUUUCUUAUU